CCUGAAAUCACCCAAUAUUGGGGGUAUCCCAGCGAAGAAUAUCAAGUUCUGACUGAUGAUGGCUAUUAUCUUCAGUUAAUCAGAAUUCCUUAUGGAAAACACUGUCCCCAGCAUAAAGGGCCCAGACCAGCUGUUUUAUUGGUACAUGGUUUUCUUGGAGAAGGGAGAUGUUGGAUUGCAAAUCUUCCUAGCAACAGCCUGGGAUUUUUUCUAGCAGAUGCUGGCUAUGAUGUCUGGAUAAUAAAUCUCAGAGGGACCACAUGGUCUAGGAGACACAAGGAAUUUUCAAUUUACCAGCAAGAGUUCUGGAAUUUCAGUUUUCAUGAAAUGGCAAUUUAUGAUAUACCAGCAACAAUAAAUUUCAUCCUACAUAAAACAAAACAAGACUCCUUAUAUUAUGUUGGCCAUUCCCAAGGAGCAACAAUAG